AUGGACGCAAGUCCCAAUGGUAUACUCACUUUCCAUCGUGUCAAGCUAUCCCCCUCUCCUCGAGGGUUAAUGGAUAGGGUGUUUACAAUCUGGGAACUUGCUGCUAGUAUCGAAGAGAUUCCUCCUGCUAAAAGACAAUGUUCCCCGAGCGACCUAAAUCUCUUCCUCGACUUCAUCAAAAAACCAUGUGAACCGAAAUGGGAAGGCGUCAAGGAGCGCGCAAUCGAAAUAGGACAACAACCCUCGAUUGACUGGAAGUCUCGAAUAGAAAAUGCCGAGCAAAAAGAUGCGGAGGCCUCAAAAAGAUUAGCGAAGUUCAAAUCGGUAACCCACCAGGCUAUUACAGCCACGAAAAUUGUUGAUGCUGUUAUCUACGGUUCAGCACCAGAGCCUGUGCCUUAUCACUACCCUAUCCCGGGGUUUACUAGUCGAGAAGCGUUUAUUGCCAUCUUUCUCUAUUCUCGGAAGAUGGAUUCCCUGGGUCCGAAAGGGUCAUUUCCGCACUUCUAUAUAGAGAUUGGGGGUCCAAUGACAAAACUUCGCCGCUGGAACGAACAGAUCAAAAGCCGAAUCUACGUAGUCAUGAGUAGAGGUCAUUUUGAGGUUCACUGGCAGAAGUGCCCAGAUAAGCAGGACAACAUCUCUGUAAACGGCCGAAUCAUCUUUACUCGCAAAGAAAUCACUGAACCUCAUCGAAGAGAUACUAUAUUGGUUUAUCUGAAAGAUCUGAAUGGGAACCUGAUCACAAUACCGUCGCCGCCUUCCGUUCAAGCAAUCUUGCGAGACGACCCCAAGCAAAAGAGUCAAAGGAACUUUGUGAGCCUGCGAAAAGCAAUCGAGGCCAUUUGGUCCGAAAUAGACGGCAGCUGGGACUUGCGCGAUCAUACUCAACAGGAUGAGCAUGAAAGGUCGAAUAGCUCGAGAGUGGGAGAAGAUACCGACAUCGACGACACUAAUGUAACGGACAGUAAUCCGGCGCUCACUCCAGGACCGACCCAACAUUUUGGGCCAGAAGUCCGAGCACCUACCCCGACAAGUGUAACUCAAACUCUGACCGAACAGGUAACCGACUCAGUUCCCAGUCACUCGCAAAGACUAACGGGUGGCCAGCUGACAAAUGAGAGCCUGGAGCCCUCCGCAGAAACAGGCUUUGUGUACCGCGAGCCAGAUAAAUGGUGGCAUAAAAUAUUUACUCGAAAAUAA